AUGGCUAGCGUUGAAGUAAAAUACGGGCAAAUUUCUCUGAAAUUGCAAUUUCUGUAUCUUAAACGGAUUCAGGAUUACACACAAUUUCUUUCUAAUCAAGAAUCGUUUGGUGGAAAUGUGAAAUUUAACGUGUAUACGGCAGAUUAUCCUGAUAAUAACAGUUGGGAUGCAGAAGAAAGGAGGAAUUUACCGCCACCUCAACUGAUGCGAAUACCUGUUUCAAAAAAGAUGAUUAUAUUUUUGAUGAACCUAGUGUCAGUGAAAAUGAAAAUAAUGGAACCAUCUGUUUCGAAAGACAAUAAUUAUGAAAGGCAAGAGGAACUAUUAAUUCCUGUGUUCCCUGCCAACGAACAAAACCAUGGAUUCGUCGCACUUAUUAUAACAGAUCAAGAGUGGAUUUCUUCGAUGGUUCUUUAG